AGUCGGGCACGUUUCUUCCAUAAUUGUUGGUUGCGUUCUUUGACUGAAGUUUUAGCAGCUACUUUUAUUCUUCGUCUUCGCCGCCGUCCGCGUAUUCCCACAUGGCUUCUUCCUCCGUCAACCGAUGGAUCAGGCCCGAGGUUUUUCCUCUGUUCGCCUCCGUAGGCGUUGCCGUCGGGAUCUGCGGAAUGCAGUUGAUCCGCAACAUCACCACCAAUCCUGACGUCAGGGUGACCAAGGAAAACAGAGCUGCAGGGGUGCUGGACAAUUUUGCUGAAGGAGAGAAAUAUGCCGAGCAUGGUCUAAGAAAGUAUGUGCGUAACAGGUCACCAGAGAUCAUGCCAUCCAUCAAUGGAUUCUUCACUGACCCAAAAUGAAGUUUCUGCUCUGUAGUGCUCAAGAUGUCCCAAUUGCUUAAACACCAUUUUUUACUUUCCAUUAGUACUGAUUCAUAUACUUUAUAGUGAUUGCAAAUGCUGAACUUUGGAAAAGUUCACUUUAAUUCUUCAAGCAAUUGUUUUGAAACUCACAGUUGAAUAAGUGCAGAAUUAUUGAGAAAUUGUUAUACUUUCAA